AUGCAUUAUUUUGCCAAGCUCACAGCUAAGCUGCUGCAAUCAUCUUCUCAAAAUGUCAAGCCAAUUUAUACAACGUUUCUUCAAACACGCCCUUUUUCCGCAAGGUUGAAUCUUCAGAGUUGCAGAUCAUAUUCUGUUCAAUCUACAGAUGACAUUGAAUUUGAGGUUGCCAGAAAAUGGUAUUCUAAUUUCAAUGAAUCAACCAUUUCCACAAAGCUAGCCGAGACUACCUACUCAGCUGCUGGAGGUCCUGGUGGACAAAAGACCAACAAAACAUCUUCAAAAGCCAACACCAUUUGGUCUAUGAAAAAGCUCGAUGCCAUUCUGCCGUUGAUAAUAUCGAAGGGAUUACGCCGUGGCACUUAUUAUGUGAAGAAUACUGAUGCAAUUCAAAUUCAAUGUGAUAGUAGUCGCAAUCGGACUGAUAAUAAAGAGGAGACACAUCGAAGAUUGAAUGAAGAAAUCAAACGUAUAUACAGGACAACAGUUCCGGGAAAGGCUUCAAUUGAACAACAACAGAGAGUGAAGCACUUACAAACUUCGGCCAACAUAGCAAGGUUAAAGAUGAAAAAGCAACAUGGGGAUAAAAAGAAGUCUAGAAGUAGUGGAAAAGGCGGCGGUGACUUCUGA